AUGCCGCUUGGCUCCCUUCUCCCCGACUGCCUGGGCUUGGAGGACCGUCUGGCGCUUAGCGCUGCAUCUAGAUCGGCUGACCAUUCUCUGCCCGGAUCCUCCAUCUCGACCGACUUUGGCAGCUGGCAGAUGGUGACGGGGAGCGGCAGUGUGCAGGAGCAGGCAGACUCCUCCCUCCCCUGCAGCUUCCCGGAUGACCUCCCUAACAGUUGCCUGCUGGUGACGCUGACAGAGCGGGAGUCUCGGCUGGACGAAGUGCGUUCGGCGUUCCUGGCUACCUACAGCAGCACGGUGGCCCUGAAGCCCGUCUCUCCAAGCCCCUCGGGGGCCAUCGGGGGCCUGCUGGAGCAGUUUGCCCGGGGCGUUGGACUGAGAGGAAGCGGCAUACUUUGACCUCGCUCUAGUCUGGAAGGCGAAGGAACCUCAAGCCAUGUUGAGCCCAGAGUCUCUGGCCUUAUUCUCCUCCGGAUGCUGCCAGCCCCACUGCCUCUCUGCCGGCCCUUCUGGGUCCAUCACUGACUGAAAUCACCGCCUCUGCUGCCGGAGGCUGGGCCGGCGUCUGCUGGGAAGUGGGGUCCCCGCCCAAUCAUGCAGGACUUGGCCAGCUCUGACAAAUCACCACAGUAAAAUGUGUCAAAA